UCUCUCUCUCUCUCUCUCUCUCUUUUUCUUUGCUUUCUCCUUUUGCAUUGUUUUUCUCACUCACUCCCUCGCCGCUUCUUCUUCUUCUUCUUCUUCUUUACUUUUCUGCUUACUUACAAGAGUUGCAUGUUUCUCUGUCAAAAGACACAUCAUCAGCCAAAACUGCUACUACUUCUCUCUUGGAAAAAUGUCUGCUCCUUCUUCUUGCGGCGGUGUUGGAGGAGGACGAGAAGCUGAUGGUGAAGUGGGUACGACUCUUGCUCCGUCGUCACUACCGCCGCCUCGUCCUAAGUCUCCGCCGGAGUAUCCAGAUUUGUACGGGAAACGCAGAGAGGCGGCGAGAGUUCAGAUGCUCGAGAGAGAGAUUGGUUUUCUCGAGGGGGAAAUUAAAUUUGUUGAAGGUGUACAACCAGCUUCUAGAUGCUGCAAAGAAGUCUCUGAUUUUGUAGCUGCAAACUCUGACCCGAUGAUCCCUGCACAACGGAAAAGUCGAAGAUCCUGCCGGUUUUGGAAGUGGCUCUGUGGUCCGUGUUUGAGCCUAGUGAGUUUCUGUUGUUGCUGCCAAUCCAAGUGCUCGUGCCAUCUUAAGAAGCCCAAGUGCUGCAGCUGUACAUCUUGCAGCUGCAUUGGGUCCAAAUGCUGCGACGGGUCUUGCUGCUCAAACAUUUGUUGUUGCCCGAGACCGAGCUGUCCGAGCUGUCCGAGUUGUCCAAGCUGUUCAUGCUUCAGAGAUUGUUGUUCUUGUCCGGACUUAUCUUGCUGCAUUCCCACCUGUUUCCGCAGUUGCAGCUGCGCUCGACCGUCGUGUGUGAGCAAAAAGAAGAAGAGUUCAUGCUGCAGCUGCACUUGCAAGAUCAGAUGGUCAUCUUGUUGUUUUAAAUGUCCCAAGGUACGACUUAGUUCUUGUUGUUUUUGCAAUUGUAAAAAUCCAUGUUCUAAUCCUUGUUGUUUAGCUUUCUAAACAUUAUUAUUAUUAUUAUGAUAGCUAUUUUCUCUUCUUUAUUUAUUUAAUAUUUGUUGGCAUCAUUAUAGCUUAGCUAUUUUCUAUAAUAGUGAUACUAUCUUUUUUUCUUCUUUAUAUCUUAAAGGAAGAAACUCUUUCUUGAUUUUUGUAAUAAACUUGUGAAUAUUUGUCCUUUUGUAAGUGAUGAUUACUAAGCGAGCCUCUCAUGGAA